UCCCAUCCUCCCGACGCCCCGGCCCCGCGCCCGGCGCCCCGCACGGCGACCCCACGCCGCCCCGCCCUCGCCUUACCUGCGCAGGUAGGUGUGGCGCGCGCUCCUUCCGCUCGGCCCGCGGGACCGCGGAGCCCCGGCGCUUUGGGGCCGGGAAGGCGGCGAGCAGGGAGCGCGGCCCUGCGCCUCCUUGGCCGCUUUCUGGGUGUCCGGGCUCAGCCGGGCAGGGACGCUCGGGGCCUUCGGCCUUUGAAAAAGGAGGGGAAAUUGAUGACAUCGUUCGAAUAGAAGCAGGUGGACAUCGUGCGCCCUUGGCCUUGAGGGGAGACAAGCAUGGCCGCAGGCAUGGCUGACAGUGCCAACCACCUACCCUUCUUCUUUGGCAACAUCACCCGGGAGGAGGCAGAGGACUACCUGGUCCAGGGCGGCAUGAGUGACGGGCUCUACCUGCUGCGCCAGAGCCGCAAUUACCUGGGCGGUUUCGCCCUGUCGGUGGCACAUGCGCGCAAGGCGCACCACUACACCAUCGAGCGGGAGCUGAAUGGGACCUACGCCAUCGCGGGCGGCAGGACGCACACCAGCCCCGCCGAGCUCUGCCAGUAUCACUCCCAGGAGUCGGAUGGCCUUAUCUGCCUCCUCAAGAAGCCCUUCAACCGGCCGCCUGGGGUGCAGCCCAAGACCGGACCCUUCGAAGACCUGAAGGAGAACCUCAUCCGGGAGUACGUGAAGCAGACCUGGAACCUGCAGGGUCAAGCUCUAGAGCAGGCCAUUAUCAGCCAGAAGCCUCAGCUGGAGAAGCUGAUCGCCACCACAGCCCAUGAAAAAAUGCCCUGGUUCCACGGAAAAAUCUCUCGGAUUGAAUCUGAGCAAAUUGUACUGAUAGGCUCAAAGACAAAUGGAAAAUUUUUGAUUAGGGCCAGGGACAACAACGGGUCCUACGCCCUGUGCCUGCUGCAUGAGGGCAAGGUGCUCCACUACCGCAUCGACAAGGACAAGACGGGCAAGCUCUCCAUCCCUGAUGGCAAGAAGUUCGACACGCUCUGGCAGCUAGUCGAGCAUUAUUCUUAUAAACCAGAUGGUUUGUUAAGAGUUCUUACAGUUCCAUGUCAAAAAAUUGGUGGACAAACUGGAACUGUGAACUUUGGAGCUCGUGCUCAGCUUCUGAGUGCCAGCCAUCCGAGUUGGUCAGCGGGUGGAAUAAUCUCCAGAAUCAAAUCAUACUCCUUCCCAAAGCCUGGCCACAGAAAGCCUCCCUCAUCUCAAGGGAACCGGCCAGAGAGUACUGUGACGUUCAAUCCUUAUGAGUCAGACCGAGGGCCCUGGGCCUCGGAAAGAGACACCCAGAGAGAAGCGUUGCCCAUGGACACGGAAGUAUACGAAAGCCCCUAUGCAGACCCUGAGGAGAUCAGGCCUAAGGAGGUCUACCUGGACCGGAAGAUGCUGACCCUGGAGGACAAGGAACUGGGCUCUGGUAACUUUGGGACUGUGAAGAAGGGCUACUACCAGAUGAAAAAAGUUGUGAAAACAGUGGCUGUGAAAAUCUUGAAAAACGAGGCCAAUGACCCGGCUCUUAAAGAUGAGCUAUUAGCAGAAGCAAACGUCAUGCAGCAACUCGACAACCCUUACAUCGUGCGCAUGAUCGGGAUUUGCGAAGCCGAAUCCUGGAUGCUGGUGAUGGAAAUGGCGGAACUUGGUCCACUCAAUAAAUAUUUACAGCAGAACAGGCAUGUCAAGGAUAAGAACAUCAUAGAACUGGUUCAUCAAGUUUCUAUGGGGAUGAAAUAUUUGGAGGAGUGCAAUUUUGUACACAGAGAUCUGGCUGCAAGAAAUGUAUUGCUGGUUACUCAACAUUAUGCCAAAAUCAGUGAUUUUGGACUUUCCAAGGCACUUGGUGCUGAUGAAAACUACUACAAGGCCCAGACCCACGGGAAGUGGCCUGUGAAAUGGUACGCUCCAGAGUGCAUCAACUACUACAAGUUCUCCAGCAAGAGUGAUGUCUGGAGCUUCGGAGUGUUGAUGUGGGAAGCAUUUUCCUAUGGGCAGAAGCCAUACAGGGGGAUGAAAGGAAGUGAAGUUUCCGCUAUGCUGGAGAAAGGAGAAAGGAUGGGGUGCCCUCCAGGAUGUCCAAGAGAGAUGUAUGAGCUGAUGAACCUGUGCUGGACAUAUGACGUGGAGAGCAGGCCUGGGUUCGUGGCGGUGGAACUGCGACUGCGCAAUUACUACUAUGAUGUGGUGAACUAAGGCCCCUGCACCUGUCUCUGGCCAUCUCUGAGCAGAUAGGCCGUCACAGGCAAACGUGUCCCAACACGUCGAUUUUGAGUCUCCAUCUCCCUCUGCCCAUCGGGAGAGCCAGCCACAGGUGGAUAUGUGUGACUGGUUCCCCAAAGCCUGUUCUGGAACAAACCCUCCACAAAGCAGACUCGCCCCAGAAGAGAUGUGGGAGAAAGACAAACAACAGGGUCAAGGAGCCCGUGGAUUCCUUUGUGUUUCUUGUCUGUGUGGUUUUCGUAGCAGGUUAUUUUCAGGGGGUGUUCCCAGAUUUCCUUGCUGUCUUUCCAGUUCUCUGGCUUCUGGGCUGCUUGUAGACCCCCAGCAGCCUGGAGACAUCGCUAUGUGGUAUUGAGUGCUGACCUGUACUGCGUUGUCUGCAUCCAGAGGACGUAGUGCCACCUGUUAUGCCUGCAGUGGAGGGCAGGAUGGGAGAGGA